CAUGGGGAUCACAGUGAAAGGAAACAAAAGCUUAUUUUUAAACAUACUAUCACAAAGCGAGCUCGUUUGAUUAGAACUCAUCAUACUGUCUUAUUCUGAGUCAUCUGUCGGCGCAUCGUCUGUAUAUAUAGUGUAUAUCGUGUAUAUGGCAUAUACGGGCCAGGUACAGGCGGCAUUUGCGUGAAUGCGAGCGGAGACCCAACGCACUAUCUAAUCGCUGCCGAUUGGGCCAUUGCGGCUCUUGGGAAGUGCUCUCCGUGCAGCCUAACCUAAAGCUGAUAACUGGCAAACAACCGGGCCAACAGCCAACAAUUCUAUAUUGAUGGUUAAAACGCUAUUGCCAACUCCGGAUCGUGUUAGUUUGCCAACGCAGUCGUUGAUGUGCAGAAUAGUAUGUGCGAAAACUGAUAUCGAUCAGUGUAUAGUCAAUCAACAAGGAUAAACCACAAGCAAACACAAUGGCCAGCUAUAAACCUUUACCCAACAUGGAGACGGGUUUGCACGAACGCGAUCGUGCGGGCGUACAGGAUUUCGUGCUGCUCGAGAACUACGAAAGCGAGGAUGCAUUCAUUGGCAAUCUGAAGAAGCGUUUUCAGGAGAACCUCAUCUAUACCUACAUUGGCCAGGUGCUGAUCUCGGUGAAUCCCUACAAGCAGCUGCCCAUCUACUCCGAUGCCCACAUCAAGGAGUAUCGCAAUAAACACUUCUAUGAGAUGCCACCUCAUAUCUUUGCCGUGACGGACAACGCGUUCCGCUCGCUGAUCGAGGAGAAUCGCGGCCAGUGCGUGCUCAUUUCGGGCGAGAGUGGCUCCGGCAAGACGGAGGCCUCCAAGAAGGUGCUGCAGUAUAUUGCCGCCUGUUCCGGCCAUCAGACCACCGUGGAAGGCGUCAAGGAUAAGCUGCUCAAGAGCAAUCCCGUGCUGGAGGCCUUCGGCAAUGCCAAGACGAAUCGCAACGACAACUCCUCCCGCUUCGGCAAGUACAUGGACAUCCAAUUCGACUACAAGGGCGCGCCCAUUGGUGGCAACAUUCUCAACUAUCUGCUGGAGAAGUCGCGCGUGGUGGCCCAGAUGGGCGGGGAGCGUAACUUCCACAUCUUCUAUCAGCUGCUGGCGGGCGCAGACGCCGCUCUGCUGCAGGAGCUGCACCUGGAGCGUGCUCUGGACAGCUACAACUACCUGACGGAUGGGGUCAAGGGCAGCGUGGGGAGCAUCAACGAUGCGGACAACUUCAAGCAGGUGCAGCAGGCAUUGAGCGUGAUUGACUUCAGCGCAGAGGAGCAGCGCGAGAUCUUCUCCAUUGUGGCCAGCAUACUGCAUCUGGGCAACAUCGCCUUCAACGAGGUGGAGGGCAAUGCCCAGGUGAACAGUCGAGAUCUGGUUGUCACAGUCUCCCGCCUGCUGGGCGUCAAUGCCAGCGAACUGGGCGCUGCGCUGACCCAUCGCACCAUUGAUGCACGGGGCGAUGUGGUCACCUCGCCGCUGAACCACGAGCUGGCCAUCUAUGCCCGAGAUGCGCUGGCCAAGGCUGUGUACGAUCGUCUCUUCUCCUGGCUGGUGCAACGCCUGAACAUUUCGCUGCAGGCGAAGGAGACGCGCGGCGCAAGGAACAAUGUGAUGGGCAUCUUGGAUAUCUAUGGCUUUGAGAUCUUCAAGAGAAAUAACUUCGAGCAGUUCUGCAUCAACUUCUGCAAUGAAAAACUGCAGCAACUGUUCAUUGAGCUGACGCUGAAGUCCGAGCAGGAUGAGUACAGACGCGAGGGCAUCGAGUGGAUUCCGGUGGAGUAUUUCGACAACAAGGUCAUUUGCAAUUUGAUUGAGGAGAAGCACAAGGGCAUUAUUUCCAUACUGGAUGAGGAGUGCCUGCGUCCCGGCGAGCCCACUGAUCGCACCUUCCUCGAGAAGCUCACACAGAAGCUGGCCGAUCAUCAUCAUUAUGUGUGCCACGAGAAGGCACCGAUUCAGGUGCAGAAGGUGAUGGGACGCGAUGAGUUCCGCUUGGUCCAUUAUGCCGGCGAGGUGACCUACACUGUCAACGGAUUCCUGGACAAGAACAACGAUUUGCUGUUCCGCGAUCUCAAGGAGACGCUGAGCAAGGCGGGCAAUAACAUUGUGCGCUCGUGCUUCCCGGAGCAGGAGCUACGCAGCAAGAAGCGACCCGAGACGGCCAUAACGCAGUUCAAGUCCUCGCUGAACAACCUUAUGGACAUACUGAUGUGCAAGGAGCCCAGCUAUAUACGCUGCAUCAAGCCCAACGAUCUGCAAUCGCCGGGCAUCUUUGACGAUCAACUGGUCCUGCAUCAGGUCAAAUAUCUGGGCCUCAUGGAGAAUCUGCGCGUGCGUCGUGCCGGCUUCGCCUAUAGGCGCAGCUAUGAGCUCUUCCUGGAACGCUACAAGUGCCUGAGCAAGUCCACCUGGCCCAACUACAAGGGUGCUGGCGGAGCCAAGGCUGGCGUGCAGCUGCUGGUCAAGGAUUUGGGCUACAACAGCGAACAGUUCAAGCUGGGCGAGACGAAGCUUUUCAUACGCUGGCCACGCACGCUCUUCGACACGGAGGAUGCCUACCAGGCGAAAAAGCACGAUAUUGCCGCCAUCAUUCAGGCGCACUGGAAGGGUCUGGUGCAGCGACGCAAGUACCUGAAACUGCGCGCCCAGGUCAUUGUGCUGCAGAGCUACUGCCGCCGGCGUCUGGCCCAGCAGGCGGCCAAGCAGCGUCGCGAGGCGGCGGACAAGAUACGCGCCUUCAUCAAGGGAUUCAUCACGCGCAACGAUGCGCCCAAUGGCUACAACGAUGACUUCAUUGCCAAUGCCAAGCGCAUGUGGCUGCUGCGACUGGCCAAGGAGCUGCCCACAAAGGUGCUCGACAAGAGCUGGCCACCAGCGCCCGGCCACUGCCAGGAGGCGUCCAUUUAUCUGCAUCGCCUGCACCGCUUGCACCUGGCGCGCAUCUAUCGCCACCAGCUGACGCCGGAGCGCAAGCGCCAAUUCGAGCUGAAGGUGCUCGCCGAGAAGGUGUUCAAGAACAAGAAGAACAACUAUGCGAACAGCGUGCCAGCCUGGUUCCAGACCGACCGCAUCCCCCAGGAGCAUAUACAGCGCGUCAACGACUUUGUGGCCAGCAACUUUGGCAGCGAACAACUCAAAUAUCAAUCGGCCUGCACCAAGUUCGAUCGACAUGGCUACAAGUCGCGGGAACGCUUCAUUCUGCUGAGCAACAAGGCCGUCUAUGUGCUGGACGGCAAGAGCUACAAGCAGAAGCAUCGCCUGCCGCUCGAGAAGAUCGACUUCACCCUGACGAAUCACAACGACGACCUGAUGGUCAUCCGGAUACCACUCGAUCUGAAAAAGGACAAGGGCGAUCUGAUCCUGAUCAUUCCGCACAUUAUCGAGUUUAGCACCUACAUCAUUGACACCGUCGGCACCGCCGAUAUCGUCUCCAUUGUGGACAGAGCUUCCCUGGAACACAAUGUGGUCAAGGGUAAGGGCGGUGUCAUAGAACUUCAAACGGGCGCCGAACCCGGCGUUGUGCGUGAUAAGAGCGGCCAUCUUGUUGUUAUUGCUGGUCAAUAAGGAAUUUAAUACAAUUAACUACCAAAUGGCUUUAAAUCAAACGACAACUGUUUUGUUAUACUAUUCCUGUAAUUUAUAUACUGUAUUUUUGUAUUUUGUUACUGCAAUGAGGCGUGUAAUUUUGAUUCUAUGUACUUAUGUUCCAAUUAAUUAUAUACUAAUUGUUUAUAUAAAUCAUAAAUAUA